UCACCCCCGGAAACGCCACGGUCCCUCAUCCUUUCUGUUCUUGGGCGUCUUUCGUCUCCCUUCGCAUCCCUUUCCCUUGGGAGCUUCGUCUGAAUUCUGCCUCGCAUUGUCUCAACGACAGCCCCGCCAACCCCGCCAAGGGCCCCAGCAACAGCAGAAACAACAGCAUUAUCAUCAUUAUCAUCGUCAGCUAUGGGCCUUCGCGACAAGCUCAGAAAGAAGCACGAUUCGGACGACGAGGGGGGUGUGCGCCCCUCGCCGCCGGAGUUCACCUUCAUUCGCACGGACACUCACAGCGCCGAGGUGAUCCAUCCGCCGAGCGCCGGGCCGGAUGGAGGCCACGGCCAGUUCCUGUCCGCCGACGCCAACCCCAAAUCCUCCACCGACUCCAAGCCACGGCGCAGCCUCGACGUCUUCCGCAGCAACCGCAGCCGGAGCACGUCCGAGUCGAGCCACCGCAGCUCAGGCGCCAGGCGCUUGUCGCAGCGCCUGCACCUGAGCCGCAGCCCGGCCAGCUCCGAGCACGUGCCCCAGGACCUGCCAGAGAUCGUCGCGGGCGAGGAGGACAAAGACGCCGCCGAGUCGCAAUGGGAGAAGCGUGCCACGAUGCUGGCUCGUGAGAAUGAGAAGCACCGAAGUCGUCCAGCUACCCCGGUGCACGUCUCGGCACCGCCGGUCCUCCCCCAGCUGCGCUUGGACGGGCCCAGCGACGGCGCGGCCGAGCCGCAGCGCAAGGCCGCCUCUUCCAAGGCGAUCGACGACGAUAUCCAAGAGGCCAUUAAGCUGCAUGAGGCCGGGGAGCUCGAGCAGUCGACAGCACUCUUUGCGCGGUUGGCCGACCCUAAGGGGGCCAACAACCCGCUGAGUCAGGUCUUGUACGGUCUUGCCUUGCGGCACGGAUGGGGGUGCAAGCCAGACGCAGCCGCGGCCGUGAGCUAUCUCUCGGCGGCAGCAUCCAAUGCUGCCGACAUUGAACAUCUUGCUCUGCAAGCAGGGCUCAAGAAGGGAGGCGCGGCCAAGGGCGAGCUCGUGCUGGCCAUCUUCGAACUGGCCAAUUGCUUCCGCCACGGAUGGGGGAUCCCCAAGGACCCAAUUGCCGCCAAGCAGUACUACGAGACAGCCGCAAAUCUAGGGGACACUGACGCCAUGAACGAGGUAGCGUGGUGCUAUCUUGAAGGAUUUGGCACUAAGAAGGACAAGGUCAGUCUCCUUCCACCCUACGCCCUCCCCAAACGAGGAGACGUCCAGAGAGCGGCCGACGGUGGACACAGCCAGCCUUCCACCCCUGGCUGCUUAUCUAUUCCAUCCUGUACACGAAACCGGCGCCGGUCCAAGCAAGGGAUGCCGUCCGUGUCGGCGCUCCUAAAUGCGGAUGUUGGGCAUCAACGGGGCUUCAGAUGGAGGACGAAUCAUAACCCUCUCGGCCCGGGCUCUGCAAAACUGCACUUUACCGCUUUUGCGAUGGAUCACAUCAGGCUGACACACUGAGACACACACACACACAACAGUUCGCGGCAGCCAAAUACUAUCGUCUGGCUGAGAAGAACGGGAACAAGAUCAUUGGAAACUCCUGGUAAGCCACUGUGUUCUCAUUUUUUUUUUUUAUUUUUUUUCUUUUUUUGUCCCCGGUGAUUUCUUGUACUCGUUCUUUCUCCCCGUCUCUUUUGUUUGCUGUUGUGUUUCCAUGAUGUAGUCCCCUUCCACCAGUGUGGAAACACCCCCUUCCCCUCGCCGGCCAUUCAGGCGAAUCGCGCCGUCGCGGAACUCGGUACUGGCUUAGCCUCUC